AUGAAGAUCGCUGUGAAUAAACUUACCGAAGUCAUGGACAACCUUAAUAUCAGCGACUCCGAUUCCAUCCCUUCUGAGUCUUUUGAUGAUGAUGAUGAUUAUGUCUUAAGCAUAGGGACCACAAUCAUGGCUCCACCUAGCGGCAGGCAUACUCAUACCGUCAUAGUUCACCAUGGCCCGGGGACUUCAGCGGGUAUUUUGGAAAGUACAAAGCAGACUACUAAUGGCAUCGAGGAAAAAACGAAACUUGUAUCCACAGGUACAAUUAUUCUUGGCUGUAUUAUUCAAGAUUGGGCCGCAGCCGAUUCUAUUUUAUUGGGUUUUAGUGUUGCUACCGGUGGUCUCAUUAAAUUGUCUAGCCGGUUCUCAUUUCGAAAAAACAUCGAGCGUAUUAUCUUACAAGCAUCACAACUCGAUGUUAGCCAGAAGAUGUGA